UCCUCCACCUGACCCAGAAGUACCAAACAUGUCAAUAAAAUUACCGGAACCGACUUUAUCUAAUUUAGAAGAAAUCGAAACAAUAAUUAAAGUUUCAAGUCGAUCCAUUUAUGAACGAGAAAAGCUAGCGGCAUUUGUUACUCAGGGUUACAUUGCCAAAUUAUUACCUCUACUUUCGACAUGUGAAGACCUCGAAGAUUUAAAAGACUUACAUAGGUUAUGUAAUAUAAUGAAAGGCAUUACUAACCAUCGUCAAUAUCUAGCAGAUAAUUCAAAAUUUAAAGAAAUUGUCAAAAUAAAGGACAAGACGAUCGAAACAAAAAUUCAUGAAACUUUUCGCCUUCAAUAUCUCAAAGAUGUAGUGUUUGCACGUGUAUUCGAUGAUCCAACAAGUUCCAUACUUUCAUCGCUCAUUUUAUUUAAUCAUGUUGAUAUUUGCAAACAUAUUUCACAAGAUGAUGAAUUUUUGGAUGAACUUUUUAAUAUCCUUAAUGAGGAAGAUGGUUCACCAAAACGUAAACAUGACGUUAUUAUGUUUGUUCAACAACUUUGCUUCAUCGCAAAAAGCAUUCAUGUACCACAUAAAAAAGAAUUAUACAGGCAUGGAUUAUUUAAAGUUUUUGAUCAUUCAUUGGUGGAUGAUGAUCCAAGUGUCAAGACUGCUGGUGGCGAAAUAUUAGCAUCUCUCUUGGAUACAGAUGCAAGUAUUAUUAGAUCUCAUAUUGUGAAACAGGCUGAGGACAAAAAGAAAACUUUGGCUGAAACGAUUAUUGAAAGAUUUAUUCAAGAUCAAGACUUGGGCGUAAAAGCUCAAUAUGCUGAAGCUCUUCGACUUUUACUAGAUAUGAAUGCUGGACUAUCAGAGAUGG